UUCGCCGCGAAUAUGUCGAUCGUUGUCGGUUACGCGUCGUUUGCGAUUUGCGGCCCUUUCUUUAUCAACGUUAUCUCGAAUGUAUCGCGAUGCAAUACGCCACGGAAUUAUUGUCAACCGUGAUCCGCGAGGAGGGAGUUGCCAUUAUAUACGUGGCAGAAUAUGUCGCGUCCACAUUAAGUCCAUUUAUCGCGUUAUUCAAUAGAUUUUUGCACAACCUGCCGAUACCGGUAUAUACUUGGACUCUCAAGCUUCUGGGAUACUAUGUCUCUUUCUUCCGGAAGCGCUUUUGGAAGAAUAUCCGCAGACAUUGCUGGUUAGAGGCAAUUUUGCGGCAGCUUCUUUAUCUUAAUCUCCAUUAAAUCGAAGGUGUAGAAUCAUGCUACGACAAGAAAGUACAAUCAUUUCUUUCCACCCCGUACAUCUAUUACUUUCGAUGAUCGUUUGAGGAUGAAAAUUAUCGUAUCGAUGACAUCGGACUUUGGUGUUUAACAUUGAAAGUUAAUAGGGAACCAGUAGAAGUUUGCAUCUAGGCGGCAAACACUUUUUUGUAUCGAAGCAGCUAGAACAAUAAAGUUAAGAACAUUUUAGUUGUUGAACAGAAAAAGAAAUAACGAGUGAAAGAAGGACAGAAUGGGUGUUCGAGGAUUAGCAUCAUGUACGGAUCGGGACAAGGCCUAAAACCGUAUAAACUGCAGAAUACCUAUUUGGUGAUAGAUGGUCGUAAUUUGUCAUAUAGUAUAUAUCAUUUGUGCAAACAUGAAUAUUAAGCACGUACGAUGCCUGAUCGAUGUCAAUACGGCUAUAGCGGCGGUUGCAAAGGCGUAAAACAUGAAGUGUUCAUAAAUUUCUUAAGCCAGUUUAAGAAGUAUUUAAGAGGCAAAGCGAUUUAUAAUAUAAGACUAAUCUUUGAUUGGUUGAGUAAACAUACCUUGGAGGAAGCAAUCAUCAAAAUUAUGAGUGGAAUACCUAAGCCAAUGAGAGAAAAGGUUUUACAUGUGAUAGAGGCAAAUAUAAAUUAUUAUACGUGUUUGCCAGCAGUGGACGAGUAUAUUAAACUUUUGGGUGUUUCGAAAGAUUCCGUUGAAUGUACAAUCGAUUCUACGAAUGAGAUUUAUAAAUUCGAAGGGGAUAUUCAAAGUUUACCGUACAAAGGGAUAGAGUCUUUUAAUGGGAUUAAUGAGCAGGAAGGCUCUAUAGAUCAAUUAAGACAUACUCUUAUCGAACAUGAACAAGCAAACCGUGGACCAUCUAAUGAAUCGAUGAUCGAUACGUUGCCUGAGUGGUUUCUAAAUGAUUUUUACAUGGCUAGACUUCCAGACAUGUUCUUAUCAUUAAUUGGCAAGCAUUGGUAUCCUACGCCAAUACAAAUAGACAAUUUUCAGUCUCCCUCGAGUUAUUUGAUUGGUUUUGAUAUUCUUAAAGUUACAUUCGGAAUUUUGUCGUCAGCGACAGAUGAAAAAAGAUCCUUACUGAAAUGUAUGGUUAGGAAUCAGCGUGGGGGUUUAGAACAUCAUGACUUAGAAGGGACGAAAACUGUACCUUUGUCAGAAGUUAGAGAGCUUCCGCUGAAUCAUCGAAAAGAAAUUUUGGAUAAUACGUUAGGGAUUCUAGACAUACAGUGUAUCGAGACACUUCCACCGGAAUGGAAGUUAUAUAUUGCCUGCUUUAAAUAUUGGACAGAUCGAGCACCGCAGUGUAGGUCAGACAAAUGUUACAGGUAUUCAAUAAUUUUCAGUAUGUUGUUUAACAUAAUAAUUACGAAAAUUGGGCAACACAAAUCUCUGAAAAGCCUGGAAAGUUUAUAUCCAACGUUACUUUCAGAUGAAAUGAAAAAUUUCAUUCCAUUUCAUUUCCCAUCGCAUUUUUCAUCGAAAGAAACAAAUUCUCAGGCGUACAUAAAACAUAUUCAUAAGGAAAUUAAUAUGCUAGAUUGUCUUCUAGCUGUGCCAUUUUUUAUUAAACACGCUAAAUUACAAUCCUCAUCUUUGAAGACGCGUAUUCUUCAUUCGUUUGUAGAAUUUCAAAUCUGCCUGUCAUUAGGUAUAGAUCUGAAUGCGCUUCUCGACUGUCCUUAUGAAGAAGUCAACGUAGCUACUUUUAUCAAUGGCCUGUUUUUGUACAAUCUGUAUGUCGAUUUUAAAGAGCGCAAUGAUGUACACGAUUAUGCAAGUGGAAUUCUUACGAAUUCUCCGACCCUGUUAAAAAUUUUCAAUGAGUUAGUUACAAUACUAAAGUAUAUACUCCAAUGAAAUAAUAUUUCAGAAAUAUAUUUACUUAUACAGUCGAUAAAAUUGAUUUGUAAGGUUAGAGCGAUAAAACUAUAAAUUUUAUAAAUAAAACAGAUUAAUAUUAUGCAUUUUCUCUCUACAGAUAUUCCUCUAUUUUUUGUUUUCUAGUAAUUACGCAAUUUUUUUCUACUCUGAGAAAGAACUAGCUUAACUUCCUUCAAACCGUAGUCUUCUACAAAAGAAAAUAAUUCAAUUACGUUACUUUAGAUGAUUUAUUGAAUAAAACUGGUAACUGCUAUUGCGAUUAAACGACUUACUAAGAAAUCCUUAAGUACUGAUUAUAAUAAUCAUUUUAGGAUUGUAAAAUAUUUAAGGUAUCGCAUACACAGGGUGUUUUAAAGUAUUACGCAUAAAUGAUAGGGCGCGUACAACUUACUAAACUGAGUAAAAAAAACCCCGCACUCAUGGGUUAUAUAUAUACAUAUAUAUAUUUAUAUCAGUUUUUAAUCAAAGAUUUAUUUUUAACAGAUUGAAUUCAUUCAAAUAUCAACAUGCAAGUCUUAUUUCAUUAUGGAAAAUUUAUUCAUGUUAUUUCACACAUAAAAUUCUAUUACCUA